AUGGCGAAGCAGUUUCACAAAGUAGAAGUUCACAAUGGGCACAAUACCUCGUUUUGGUUCGACUCAUGGAGUGACUUAGGAUGCUUGGAGGAAAUUGUUGGGGAGCGUGGACACCUAGACCUGGGGAUUCAAAAGCCUGCCAAGGUUGGAGAGAGUGGGACUGACGAUGAGGAUGUAGCAAAGUGGAAAGCAAGAGAUGGAAAUUACAAAGCAAAGUUCGUCACUAGGGAUACUUGGUAUCAAAUCCGAACUGCAAAGCCCAGCGUAAAUUGGUACAAAGGAGUUUGGUUCUCACAAUCCACUCCUAAGUACACAUUCAUGUCUUGGCUUGCUUUUCAAAAUCGGUUAGCCACUUGA